AUGGUGCUUGUUUUCUCAGUGUUGAACAGAGAAGAAGGGCGCAGUGUAGACAGAAGGCACGAGCGGUAUCAAUUUUCAUCCUUCAAUGGGAAUGUUGCGGUGUUUUACGACUCCCGACAUGGCCCACCGGAAGCUGAGGUUGCGUGUGCGGCGAACCAAGACCUCUCACUGGAAGAGGCUUCCGCGCACCCGUUCUUUGUGUGUUCGUUUGACGCCUUUAUGGACGCCAAGAAGGAAGACAGCAGUUCAACGAAUAGUACGGAACAGGAUGUGCUGGAGGUGCUCAUGUCCGAUGUGAGUGCGCGUGUCGCAGCACGAGAAAACGUCACUGUUGUCAACCGAGGGGCUCAUGCGGAUCAAUUUGUUGAGCGGAUUCUUCGUUCACUGCAAAAGUGCAUCGAGCAGGCGGCGGAAAAUGCUAUGCAGUUCGUGGCCGAUGAAUUGGCGAAGGAAAAGCAGAUGCAACGCCUGCUACAACUGGAGCACGAGUCGAACAUGUGUAUGGUAAAGGAGUCCGUCAAGAACACCAAUGAGACGGCAAGGCCUCCCCCCGCAGGCCUCAAGAUCUCCGCCAAGUUGUCACAGAAUUUGAAACGGCUUCGAAAGCAGAAAUUGUACAUCCUUGUUUCCGGGCAGAAGGCGAAGGAAAGGUUUACCAUCUUGACAUCCGCACAUCACGGAGAGCUGGUGCCACCAUGCGUGAGGGGCUCGUAUCUGUCACCAGAGUCUUUUGCAGCCCUCCCCCCAAUGCGAAUUACAUACUCAGGUCCAGGUUCACGUCGUACCAAGACUACCACCCCGAAUAGUUCUUACCACGGCUUGCGAACGCGGCGAAGAUCCACUAUGAGUAUCCUGGAGAUUCUCGGCGAAGCGACUGGGGGGGAAGCUGUUGAGCCUUUGAAGGGCAAUGGAUGGGGAAAGGAGAUGAACUACUAUGUAUUUGACGGCAGCACCUCCCUAUUGGGGCUACCAGGGAUACCAAAGUUUGAGGAUGUUAUAAAAGGGUUCUCGGUGGAUUUUUGGUUUAGAAUGGAUUCAGCUGAAGUGUAUGAAAAGCGUGUCUUGAUUCACAUCAUGGACGGACCACGGGCGGACCUUGGCCAAUUGUUUCAGAUCAGUUUGAAACACAAUGAGCACACGUAUGAGACGAUUUGCAUAUACGUCCGUGAUAGUACCAACCGAGUUUUAGAAUGUUUAAUGCCACUGAAGUCGAACAUCUUCUUAACAGAGGAUGGGCCGUGUUUUCACCACUUCCUACUCAACGUCCAGAGCCUGGAAGAAGGGAGCCUGGAAUGCUUGUUCGAUGGCCAACCUGCGACUCUACAAAUUGUGCAACAAGAGUAUCCCAUCUACUUUAACGCGUGGCCACAUCGUCUGUUUGUUGGGGGAUACAUGGACGAAUCAAACAUGCCGAAAUGCGUAUUCCAUGGGGUCAUUUGUGAGCUACGAUUUGGGGUAAACACGGCGGAUGGUCCCACGACAAUCGUUCGAUGGCCACUGCUUGCGGAUGGAGAAAAAUUGAUGGAAAUGAUGCACACCAUUCCUGCAGAACACGAUGAGACGUUAUUAAACCUUGAGCGACAGGCGGGUCCUCCUCCAAUUACAUCACCUUUUUUGGAUGGGAAUCUUGUGGUGAAUUUGGGGACGCUUGGUGUUCUUGGCGAACUGCUUUGCAAUUGGAGAUUGGAAAUCCGAUUUCGGACCAAUGUGAGCAAUCGGACGAUGAGUUUGCUUGGUGUGACUGACCGAAAAUGCAGAAUGCAGGAAUUAGGUAUUGUGAUGAAUGCCGAACCCGUUUUUGAAAAGGAACGCUUUCGCUACCACGAGUUUAACAUUACCCUGUAUCUCGUGGAUGCCUUUGGCGCAUGCUGCUCAGCGUUGCUGCGCGGGAGCGAACACCAGAAUGCGAUGGACGGCCAGUGGCAUACCUUGGUAUGGAAAUGCAUCGACAGUGAGGCAAACACGUACAGGGUAAAGCUGGAUGGCGUGGCGCAGGAGCUCCUUUACCUGGUGAGGGAGGGACCACGACGGUUUGUUCCCUUUGGGGACUGGGUGUGCCUGGGGGGUCACAAUACCCGCAACCACGAGGUGCGACGGCUGUUUUAUGGUGAAAUUGGUCGAUUUUUUAUAUCCGUACGUGGUGUGCCGCUUGCGACGCUAAACAUGGAUGAGGGGCCAGGAGCCUACGUGCUUCAAGACACCUCAGGUCGUCACCACCAUGGACUUUUGAUCAACCCUGUAACAAAUGCCAUUCGGCGUCAUGAUGUUUACUGGUUUCCAUACCCAGAGGAAGCUAUCCACGAUAAAGGUAGUAUUAACGAGGAGGAUGGAAUCAUUAUUUAUAAGAAUAACAACGUAUCUGUAGCGGCUGUUGUCUUCACCUGUGAGUUUGACACCGUAGGUGUCGCACGUGAAGUGAUGUAUGAUAUUUUGGGAGAAACCUGCGUGGAGCCGCAGGUUGUUGCGAAUCAUAUUUCUGAUAAACGCCCUCAGUGGAAAACGUGGCGGGCCCUACCUGAUAGCUGCUUCAGACCCAUCAGCACCCUUGUGCAGCUGGAGGAGACAGUUAACAGUACACUCUCCUGUGAAAAACCGCUUGGGCACUACAUGUUUGUGAUCCGUAUUGGAGACUGUCAUGUAACACUGUUGAACUUGCACGGUCCCGUGCUCCCCCAGGGCGCAACAUACAAUUACAACGUACUGAAGUGGCAGUACGCCUACGCCAUCUCGGGAACCAAAGGAAGGCGGGAGCUCUCACUCAACCGGAUGAUACAAGGUGUUGAGAGCGUCCUUCUGCGCGACACACUUACUCCCUUUAUGACCAAAAAGCUGGGCCCCUUAAAUGUGCAUCAAGACAGUAUAGUGACAGAGGACAUUAUUCGAUCCAUGCAAAAUAGUGGAAGACCAUGGUUUCUCAGUGCGGUGUUGCACAAUCACCUGCUCAAUGCCGAGUAUGGAUCACACCUUCAUAUCAUUCACCACUUUAUGGAUCGCAUGACAGCAGAUGAGGCGGCGUCGGUUGCACUCUUCAACAGACGUCUGUACAAUACAACGAAGGAGGGGGCAUCAGUUGUGAUACAACGGAAUUGGCGGGGGCGAGAAGCACGCCUGGAGGCAAUGCGCCUUCGGUAUGAAAAAGAAAUUAGAGAGCGAAGGGUGGAGGAGAUAAAUGCACUGCGACUGAACCCUUUGCUGAAGGCCAAGGAAACCCUCACCGCGUUGCUUGUCACGCUACACCAAAUUGAUUGUGAAGGAAUAUCACCCAUCACAGAUGACAUUAAUGACCUCUCGGCGGCUCUCACUAAAAAUGGCUACGAGGUCAAGUACUUGCCCAACGCCUCCAGAGCAGCACUAAUGAAGGCGCUUUCGGAGUUAGAUGAAAACACUUCCAGCUUUGUUUAUAUCAGUGGAUAUGGUGGGUUGAUGAGUGUUCGCCAGCCGCUGCUUUUUUCUUUGCAUGGCCUUCAUAUCUCAAUCACAGAAGGUGCCCAGCGAGCGGCUCUCGACGAGGAACGUGGAAGGGAAUACCGGAGGAUUUUGCAGGACUUCCGCGAGGAAUAUCCGCCGCAGAAGGUCCGGAAGGGGAUGCGUAAGGCGAGCAGGGCUCCGCCUAGCAAGAAAGCCUUGCAGGAAGCAGAGUUGGCUGCGCGGCAAAGGGAAGAAUUGUUCCGGAUGGCCGUUGCAGAACUAGAAAAAGAAGAGGCAUCCACGCGUGAGGCAAGUGAGGAGGAGUAUGACACUGAGGUGUUGAUGCUUAUUCGAGAAAUAAAACUAGCCGCAGAAGCUACAACUGAAUAUGAGCGUACAUACAAGAAAGAUCCUCGCGGGAUGCAUUUUGUUCUUCCAUGUGAAGCCCAACUUAUUGAGCCAUACGCAAACACGGUUUGUAGUGUGGAGGAGUUAAUAAGCAUUGCUCUUCAACGACAACUACCCUCUUUGGGACUUCAGAGGAUUGUGGCUUUGGAUUUGGAGCCCAUCACUCCCAUGUCUUGCGGCUCUGCCUGGGUGGCUAGCAGCACAGGGCAUACGCUGAAAUUUGUAUAUCAACCACAGCAGCGUCGUAUCAUGUCCAAAUUUCUUCGAGGAGCCUUCGAGGGUCGCCUGCCGUGUGUUCCGGCGCACUACAGGUAUGCAGUACUAAAGGGCGGUAUUGAAACAAAACCGGAUGAACGGGAUUGGCGGUCCUUUGCGACGUAUUUGGUGUCAAAGAUGAGUUCGGUGUGCAACAAAGAACUAAUUGCUGAGUUGUGGGAAGAACUUGAUCGGGAGGUGCCGUUUAGGGCGGAACUUAUUCCUGUGCGAGGAAUUGUUUUGGACCCGGAGGCUCGUGACAAGCUGCGGCGCGAGGGGGAAAAGAAAGAGGUGAAUGUCAUUUUGCGCUACGGUGUAGGAAGCUCUCAUGUACAAGCCGACAUGUUUAGCGUCUUUAAGAGCAUUAUUCCAUCCGGUGUUACAUUGAAGGAAAUCACCUUCAAGAAUACAAUUUACUUUUUGUUUACGCACUGCAACAGUGGCAUCGACGGUCUUGUCAUGGAAUCACUGCUCAAGGAGAUAGAGAGGUGUCGCCCAGUCGGCUGCGACGUCCCCAUUAGUGUCAGCAUCACCGCAUGGGGUGUCCGUCUCCUCUUUGAUAGCAAAGAUCCUGAGAAGAAAAUGUACAUCUCGCAGUGGUCCAAUGUCAUCGUGGUCUGGAGUCUCUCCUGGCAGAUUCCAGUCAAGCCUGUUUUCGGGUAUUGUAUGCGGGAGGUGGACCAUGUGGAGUACCUGUACGAAGUGAAAGUCAGUUGUUCCCUGCGUAACUUUAAUCGUUUGCGGAAGCUGCAGCACACGCAGCCUCUCCCAAUGUCGUAUUCGCGGUAUCUUGCGUGUGAAUUGGUCCCUGGUGCGUCGUAA